UUGAAAGCGUUCUCGGCAACCAAGAUUUCCGGAAUUUUUCUGAACAUAUUUUGUUAAAAUGUAUCGUAAAUCGAAAUCCCUUGCUUUGAAAAGCAGUGCAUCUAUGAUCGGCAAUAACCUAACAGUUUUGAACAAUGCUGAUCGCGGCUCAUUAAAUUAUGCAUCAGUCCACAAAUAUUUGAUCAACAUGGUGUCUACCUCAACAGAUGGUUCCCAAGUCACACAUAAACAAGUAAUCUGUAAAGAGCCAUCAGCCACACAACAAAGUAGUUCAAUGAUAAUGCAGACUAAAUGGGUACACUUAGCAAAUGGUAGAACAGUCCUUGUUUUAACAUCUUUAAAAGGAAUUCAGAUGUUUGAGUAUGAUGGAACAUCAAUGAUUUACUGGCAUGCUACAGGAGAUGUAUCGUCUGAAUCUUCAGAAAGUGCAAAUUUUGGAAGGGGUAUUGCUGCAGCUGGUGAUGGUCUAGUCUGUGUUGGUACUCAGCAAGGUCAAAUUUUAGUAUUUGAUGUUCCACCAAAAGGAGCUAGUGUAUCAUUAGCAACUACAUGUCAAGGUCAUAACAGGGCAGUGUGUGACUUGGCUGCAGAAGGCGAUGUUCUAGUCAGUAGUGAUGAAGACGGUCACAUAAUCAUCUGGAAAGUGUUUGGUACAAGUGUUCAACAGACUGCCAAAAUACCAGGAAAUGGGGAGCCAUGUACAAGCCUGGGUAUAUGGAAGGGUAUAAUUGUUGCAUCAUUUGGUAAUGGUCAGAUAUGUGUGUACACUGCCGCUGGUAAACUCACGGCCACAGUAAAUGCUCAUGCCAGAUGGAUUAAUGCUAUAGAUAUUGCCAAAGAAUCAGGAAUGGUUGUAUCUGCAAGUGAGGAUUCCUAUGUUAAAGUAUGGCAGCUGAUCCCUGGAAAUUCUCCAUCUAUUGAAUUCAAGUUUGCCGAAUCAGUGACAGACCAACAACUCGUAGGUGUACAGUUUAUUCAUCCUGCCGGUCGAGGAUUUGUAGUGUCGGGAUAUGACAGCUCGGACCUGAACUUCUUUUUGCAAUAGUCAAGAUAACCAAAAUUAGAAACAAAUUAUUUUUAAUGAAAUCAUGUUAACAAAUAUACAAGAAUCUCUAAGAAUAGUUGUAUAAAAACAUCAUUGCUUAUGAUUUUAUAUCUCCAAGACAAAAUGUGAAACAUGUAAUAAACCUGUUUAAAAAGAUAAAAAAUCUUAGAAUACUAAAUGAACUUUGACAAGGUUUGGACAAAUUGAAAAAAUAUAAGACAAUAAAUUUACUGCAUUUAAUGAAAUAUGUGUUAAUAAAAAUGAACAUUUAAGGGUUUAAAAUGAAAGGGUUUUGUAAUGGAGAGUUGAGUCUAUCUGAAACAUAUAAAUGUAAUAAUAUAAUGGAUUCCAUAAAGAUGUUUGUUGAGCUUAUUUGUUAUGGCCUUUUGAUGCUAGAUAUGAUUUACUGGAAGUGUUUUAAGACAUACAUAUACCAGAUAUUGUUUUUUGUGACAUAUCAUACUUUAUUGUAUCACAUAUCAGAUAUUGUUUUAUUAUGCAGUAAGCAUUGUUUUUGUUGCUAAGCAAUUUUGGAAUUGAUAAAAAAAAUUAAAACUUCCGAAACUUUUACAAGGCACAAAUAGCUGAAUAUUUACAGUCUGUUAUUGUUAAAUUACUUCUCCUAUUUUGGAGUACAUGUAAAUGUACAUGUAUAGGUAACAUAUUGUUCAUGUCCAAUCUGCCUUAUACAUGUACUCGCCUCAUUUGAUUAUGAUAACAUUGCUGUAUUAACAUUUUAAGGAAAAUAACGUAUUAACUUUUUUUUUGCAGCUGUAUAGAAAAAAAAAAACAGUUGAAAUAGAAUCUUACCACAGGAGGUAUAUUAAUUAUUUGGUUUGUUAAUGACCGUUCACAGAAAUAUGUUGGGUCAGUAUGAUAAAUGGAGGCUGAGGAGUUAACAAAGUCCCCAUAUUUAUCAUACUUAUCCAACAUACUACUAUGGAGGGUCACUAACAAACCCAAUAAUAACCACUUACCUUUAAGCUAUCCCAGCAUGGAAAUUGACUGACCCUGCACAGAAAUACAUGGGUGGGGGUGGCAUUGUGUGGCCACCUUAAACCAAGGACAAUGCUAGAAUUUUGUUGGAAGUAAAACAAAAGAGAAUAAUUUAACUAUACUCUUACCAACAUGUCACUUAAGAAUUUCUACACAAUCUAGAUGUUUUUAUUUCUUUAGAUUGUCUGUCUGUAUUAGGCUUAAAAUGUUAUGUCAGCAGUGAAUGCAUGUCUUACAUUUAGGAGCAAAAUUUUACAUUUCCGUUUUACAGGGUUAUAUGUCUAGUUUACAAAUAAAAUGUUUGUUUUUUUACUUCGGAGACUCAUUCAUGACUUUGAUUUACCAUUAAUGCAGUGUCAUUUUUUUGUGGAUUUUCUUGUAACUGUUGUGUUUAUCUUAAAAUUUGAAAUCCAUCAAUCUGUGUCUUAGCCAAAUAGCUGUUUUGGCAGAAUCCACAAAUUAAAUUAAAUGUUUUCAUGGUUCUUUUGCAAGAUUAUGAAUGGAUAUUCAUGAUAGCAAAUAUUCUUUUACAUCAUAUAAUGUUUUUUUAGCAGAUAAUGUUCACGCUAAAGUAUUUCGUUUGAUAGUCGUAAUUGUGAAUGUUUGCAGAUAUUAUGAUACAUGUAUGUUACAAUUUUUAAUAUAGAAAUGUCCACUCCAUGGAGGGAAAAGAUACAAAUGAGCUUGUUACAGCUAGAAAUUAUCAUUUUGUGCUUUCCAUUUUUGUAAUGUAAUGAAUGUAUAUUUAUAUAGGUAUACAGACAGAGAAGUUUAUGGUCAAAAUUUACAAGUGCAGGUGCUUACAAUUCUGUUGUAUUUUGUCUGUUGUACACUGUGAUAAUUACAAAAAUGUAUUAGUGAACCAAAUCCAUUUUGUUUUGAUAUUUAAAUUUUUACAGCUUUUACUAUUAUUUUCAUUUUCACUUAAUUUUGUCAUAAAGUCACCAUGCACAUAAAUUUCUAAAGUAUCAGCUGGCCCCACUCUCAAGGCUUGUCAGUAAGUUUAGUUUGAGGACCAUGACCAAAACGCUACUGUUCCACUUCAUUCAUUUUCCAAAUUGUGCUCAGCUCUACCAACAGCAGUAUCCAAGUUUACAAAACCAAGUUUACAGCACCAUGUUUUGAGACCAAUGUGUGUUUGUGUGUAUAUAUUUAGCUUAUUUAAAGUCCCCACAAGGGAACCCCAUAUAGGUGAUUCCUCCAGGAGACUGUUAGUAAUUUUAGCUGGAGGAAAGUGCAAGAUGUAUAAAAUGUUCCAAUUCCAUAAGAUUUUUUGUUUUCAUAGUAGGCCAGGUAUACAGCACACAUAAACGGGACUCUUGUCCCAAUGUUAGUAAUUUUUAGUUGGAGGAGUGGUGGCUCAAACUCAUGACCCCUGGUUUUGUAGUCAGUCACUACACUAAGCGACUGUGUCCACUCUGUUGAGACCAAUCUCAGAUUAGCCAUUGGUCAGUUUCAGGACUGAGCUCCAGUUCAACCAAUCACAUCCUGGAGUUUCCUGACUGAUAUACAAGGUCAGCUUUAUAACAUCACAGUUUAGAGACUAGUUUCCACAUUCAGUUUUAAAGUUAGAACACUCUGCCUGUAGAAUAAUCUAGAUAUUUUUUUUUUGUCCAUUUCUUAUAUCUUUCUAUAUAAAAAAUUGAUCUCAUCUUGUAUUUUCACCUUGCAACAUUGUGUUAUCGUAUUUCUCUGAAUUAUGACAGAAAUCUCUAUAUUGAAAUUAUACUUAUAUAUUUUGGUUUAAGUAAUAGUAGUUAGGUUAUGGCACAACAUGAAUUUUGUGUGUAAUUUUUGUACUAGGAGAAAGAUUAGUUUUUUCCAGUGCUCUGCUUGUUAAAAGAAGUUCCAUUUUAAACAGUCUGUGUUUAUAUUCAGUGUGUGCACUUGUGGUCUACAGCUUGAUGUUGUUCCAUGCUUAUUGCUCAGAUAGUUAUUAUUGUGCCAUCCAGGGUAAAAAUAUUUUGGAUUAUUGUAAAAAAAAAAGUUUACACAUAAACUUGCCCAUUUGAUUUUAUUGUGGCUGUAAAUGUACUGGCCUUGUUUUGUCCUUUUUUGAGAAAAUUGCCUUUCUUUAAGUGGUUGAACUAUUCUGUUGAUACAUUCAGUUGUUUCAUGUGGUACCUGUAUAUUAAACAUGAAAUUGUAUACACUUUAUUUUCACAGUAUUUAAAGAGAAAGUGUACUUUCUGCCAGAAAAUCAAAUAAUUCCAGUGAAGUAUUACUUAAAGUAAUUGAUGAGGUAGGGUUUCAAAAUUGGCUUCUUUCCUGAAAGCUUUAUUUGGGAGUAUUAACCACAUUUGAGCCGUGCCAUGGGAAAACCAACAUAGUGGGUUUGCGACCAGCAUGGAUCCAGACCAGCCUGCGCAUGGGCGCAGUCUGGUCAGGAUCCAUGCUGUUCGAUAACAGUUUCUCCUAUUCCAAUAAGCUUUAAAAGCAAACAGCAUGGAUCCUGACCAGACUGCGUGGAUGUGCAAGUUGGUCUGGAUCCAUGCUAGUCGCCAACCCACUAUGUUGGUUUUCUCAUGGCAUGGCUCAUUUAGUGAUAGCAAUAGUUUGAGUAUGCUUUCAAUAUAAUAAACGGAAAUAGGUUUUUCAGAUGCUGCACUCCUUUUUUCACUUAUUUUUCUUUCUAUACAUUUUCAUAUCAUACCUUAUGCAAACUAACAUAUUUGUGAAAAUGAAGACAGUUCUUAGCAGACAAAUCAUAAUGCAUGAUAAAGCUUUUCUAAGAUUUAUUUAGUCAUUCGAGUUGAUGUGUUAUUAGCUGCAGGUUGAAAAGAAAUGAACAUAAUUAGCAAACUAUGGCCAAACUUAUUUAAUAGCUUGUUUGUUUUGUUUGUCCCCCUACCUUACCACACUGUCAUUCAUUAACACCCUUUCCUCUUUCCUUAUGUGCAAUUGUUUUAUCUUGUGAUGCAGAAAGAAAAUAAAUGUCUUUAAGAAAAGAA